ACGAUCGGAACGGUAGGUGGUUUGUCGGGAGGCUGCGAAGACUCUCGACUUCCGAUACGGACGGAUAACGAAGCAGUUGCGUAGGUCACCUGCGAGGGUGACUCUUCGAGGAACUCUCCGACUUCGUACCGUUGUAUAUCUUGAGUGAAUCGUGACGCGGUUUUCGCGACAAGCGAAUUCGCGAAGAAGUAUCGGGAUCGUCAGUGCAGAUGCAAAGUGCAAUCGAGGAAUCUACGACUCCGUGAAGAACAAUCCCAAAGAACAUCCCGCAGAUCCCGUAAAUUAAUCUAGUCGUCUAAUCGUGAGACACGAUGAUAAUCGCUGUACCUCACAACAAGUAAACUGGUGAGGAAAUAUUGAGAUUGUGAGUGGAGAUGCAAAAUCAAGGAUUCCGUGAAGAACCUUGAAAAAUCCUGAAGAAUUCUGGAAGACAUUUGCAGACUCUGUAAAUUGAUCCAAUCGUCCAGUCGUGAGACUCGCCGGUGACGAUCGAAAUUGAACGACGAUGCAUUGAUGAAGUGCAAUCUGAAAUCCGAAGGAUGUGAUCCUGAAAAGUGUUAUCCUGAAGAGCCUGACGUUUGGAUAUUCCAGGUCUCGGUUAACCACGGCGAGAGAAUGACGCAGAGGACCGUCAUUCUCGCAUGAGAACUGAACGAGGCCGAUGGUGCGAAAAGAUGCCCGCUCCUUACGUUCGUCGUAACAACAUUCGGAUUUAUUUAUCUUGACGUCGUAAGUGACAUCGCUGGAUACAAGUCAAGGCAUCUCCGAAACGUAAGGCGUGCCGGUUAACAAGUGUUCGACAAAUCUCGACACGUGCCCCGGAGUGGUUUGCCAAGGCACGUGCCGCUGUUUAGGAACAUUACGGUGCACGCGUCGAUCGCAGCCUGCCACGUGUCGAUCGUAUCUCUUGAUCCUGUAGGCGUGAUCGAGUGCGCGUGGGCUGGAUCCAGCGUAAUAUCGGCGGACACGACGCAGCAUACGAUGUCAGCAUCAUCGAAGACAACUCGAAAUCUAUACAUGACGAUCGCAAUUAAAUUAUUAUUAUCUGGAGCGUCCGGAGAAUUAGAUGACGUGAAGUAUUAGUCUGUAGUCACGCUGUUCUGUGUCUCUUUCUACGUCUAGUCAGAUAUUCUAGUCAUAUUUUCGUUAAAAUUAUAAUAAUUCGCGCUCGACGUCUGUCGAGCAAGUUAAUCAACACAUCGUAUAAUACCUCAUCUAUACGCUUGAUGAAUAUGCGCGAGGAAGAAUGAAGAUACAAGACGUUCGUGGGGAAAACUUGACGGGUAUCAGUUGAAACCUCGAGGAGGAGGAUCCUGGCGAACUUGGGAUGCGCGCUCGAUUCUCUCCAUGACGUUACGAAGUCAUUAAGAGAUCAGAAUUUCGUGUUUGUGACGUGAAUCGCGAUAGAUGCAGGCGUGGGGCGCGCUUUAGGCCUGUUGUGAACGAGUCAAAUUGAAAAGUGGUUAUCCAUCCUAUCGAGCAGUUCGUGUCGCUAUGUACUCUGUGGAAAAUCUCGAGCGGGACAUGAUGAAUCGACAAUACAUGUACGAGGCCCAUAGCUUCUUGGGAAAUCCGGCGAUCCCGGCGUUGCCGCCGCAUUGCGGCGUACCCACCACGGCGACCUUGCCGGCGAUCCCGUCGCAGCUGCCGUCGUACCCGUCUGGCAGUACCGGUAGCACCAGCGGCAGUGAGCAUUACUUAUACGACGAGAACAGCAGUGACAACGAGAGCAUCUACAGCAGCGAUCAGGAGAAUCACGCGAGAGAACGAAGUCGAAGUAACCGGCGUAGCGGCGCAUCGGGGAAAUGUCCGCGACAGGUGCAGGUACAACAGCGGCAAGCCGCGAAUAUGCGGGAACGGCGGCGUAUGCAGAACAUAAACGACGCCUUCGAGGGCUUGAGGGCCCAUAUACCGACCUUGCCGUACGAGAAGAGGCUCUCGAAGGUCGACACGCUGAAGCUGGCGAUCGGUUACAUAAACUUCCUCAACGAGCUCGUCAGGGCCGACAAGGGCGACCCGCUGACGGGGAACAGCGGUUUCUCGAGGUGUUCCAGCCGGGACGACUCUAAGAAGGUCAUAGUCCGUGGCAGCGGUGGAAACCCAUUCAUCUCACACUCGCUCUCGUGGUCGAGGAAAUCGGACAUCUCGCCGAACGGUAUGAUGUACGCGAAGGUUUGGACGCCGGAGGAUCCGCGAACGCCCAAAAACGGAAUGAUGUAUGAGUAGACGACGUCGACGGCGAAGUUUUCGCUCUUGUGGCAGGCGAGAGAAGCGUCGGACGUCGCUCGUCCGCGAGCAACGUUUCCUAUUCCGCGUGUUAUUUAGUGUCUAAGGGAAAGCGUUUCUAGUCAUCCGACUUUGUCAAGCAAUGUACCUUUGUACCUUUCCAUCAUCGAAGCGUCAGCGAGUUCUUGCGCGACGGAUGAUCAUAUUCACUCGUACUUACGCGAUCUCAUCGAGGAGUAGGUGACUUGUUGAUCGAAUUGAUUCGAUCGAGGAGCGUCGUGAAUCUAAAGCCCAUUCUACAAUUGCGUGAACGUGGUUGUAAGUGGUUGUAAAUGAUUACGACAACCAAUCAGAGUAAAGCAAUCAGUGAAUAAAACAUUCGGAUUGGUUGAC